UAAGCAAGUGAGAAAAGGCAGAAAAUUCAUCUUCCCCAUCAUCCGCAAAAGCAAGAAAAAGAGAGAGUCUACGAUAAAAUCUAUAUAAUAUGAUUCAAAAUUCUCUCAAGUGAUUGAUUCACACUCUCUCAUUGUGAUAGAUACCCAAAAGCCCCCACCCCCUAAAGAAAAGAAAAGAAAAGAAAAGAAAGUCUUUUCUCUUUCUCUCUCUGCAUAUAUUUCCUUCUUCAUACAACUCUCUUCUUGUUCUCUCUCUAUGAUGAACUCAUAGAGAGAGGGAGGUAGCAAUGAGAAACACCAUCAGAUGCUGCAUCUCUUGUAUUCUACCAUGUGGAGCUUUGGACGUGAUUCGAAUAGUGCACUCUAAUGGCCGAGUAGAAGAAAUCAGUGGCACAAUCCGAGCAAGCGAGAUCAUGAAAGCUCACCCAAAACACGUCUUGAAAAAGCCAUGUUCUCCCUCCGAUGAUGGGAUGGUUCCAAAGAUCGUUACAGUGCCACCAGACGCAGAGCUUCAACGUGGAAAGAUCUAUUUUCUCAUGCCAGUCCCAUCAACCCCAGAGAAGAAGCCUCCUCGAUCAAGAAAUUCCAACAACAGAAGGAAAAAAAGAGAGAAUCAUAAUAACAAAGAUCUUAGUAUUAUUGAAACCAACAGCUUGAACAAUAACGUUGUCAGCAACUCCAUUUCAAUGACCACAAACCUUCUCAUUUCUGACAGAUACUUGAGUGAGAUACUAUCAGAGAAGCUGUCAACUCAGAGAGAUCGAAGAAGAGGUCGUGUUGGAGUAUGGAGGCCACACUUAGAGAGCAUAUAUGAGAUGCCAAAUGAUGCUUAAUGAAGGUUCUUGAUGAGUUUGUAAUGAACAAUGGUUUUUCUUUUUUUUCUGUAUGAUUCAUUUUGGAUGUUCUUUAUCCAUUAUAGGGUUCAAGCAUUGCAUAUAUAUAUAUAUUCAUUUUCCUUUCC